AUGUUUUUCAAUUCACGCGCCCUUCUAUCUUUUGUUCGUUUUUCUUUCGUGAGAUAUGACUUGCUUUGCCAUUUGAGGCAUCGAAUAUUAUUGAUGGACUCAACCCUCUUCACUUUCCCGUUUCCCCAGCCCCUUCCUUAUUUUGAUGCAUAUACAUGCAUUAAUACAAGUCGGUUUAUAUCCUUCCCAACGCCUUCUGGGCCCUCAUGGGAAGGUAAGGGAGAUGCAACCGCAGUUCCUGAAGCUUGCCCCAAGGAACUAAUUACUUUCGACCUUCGUAAGUUCUGCGACAAAACCGCUGCCGCCACCCAUCUAAACACUCACCAUUCUCACACAUCCUUCACAGCCUCCAUAAAAUUCCAAAACUCCAGAUUCGUCCUCUCCCCCUGGCCCCUAAACACCCAAUGUAACACCUCAGGCACCAUCGCCAAUUCUAAACCCCUUCUCAAACUAUCCCUAAACAUACUCAGCACCGCCUGCGCCAAUUCCCCCAGUACGGUGUAUGGUGCUGCAAGUCGGGGAUCUGGAAGUCGUUUCGUAGUCUCGCUGAACCUGAACUGUGUUUGCGGCAGUGAAUAUUCACACCGGCGUUAUCAUAGAGGGCGGAUGACUACUAUUCAGCAAUGGAUGCCCAAGAAAGAGGAGGGAUUCGACAAAACAUAUUUCAAGAGAUUAAUAGACAGAAUGGGCUUGUGGAAAUACAGGUUGAAAAUUUCUUUGGUGGCAUGUUCUACGAGGGUCGGCAUUUAUAUCACUAGCAGCCUAGACGAGGUCGACCCCAUCCAUAUUAACGCAACACCUCUUCCCAAUCAUUAUCAAGUGAGAUAUUUUGCCAAAGAAGGAAAAGAGCUUCAAUCGCAGCCCCUACAACUUGAUGGUCUUGCAAUUCCGUGGCGGAGCAUUUACAAGGCCAUCAAUAUGGUCUAUUUGAUGGAUUUGGCCUCUCUAUAA